GGAGUUCCUGGACGGGAGGCUGUUCACUAUAUAAACCUGAGGCACAGAGGAGCUUGAAAGCAUUCCAAGUUCAGCAAGAGAAGACGGAACAGCUCACAGCCUCUACCUUAUAAAUUUUGAAAAAGCCUCAGCAUUGCCUGUGAAACGAGUCCUGCAGAGAUGACGACAUCCACAGAGAAGCUGCGGGAGAGCUACGACCAGCAGGGCUUCCUCUCAGCACUGCCUGUGCUGAAUGAGAAGGAGCUGUGGGAGGCCAGAGAUGCCUUUUCUAAACUGGAGCUGGAAUUUGGCAAAGAGUACACUCAGUACAGCCUUCACAAUGUUCACCUUCAGUAUCCAUGGGUGAUGAACCUGACGACACACCCUCGCAUCCUGCAAGUGAUCACAGCCGUCUUGGGCCCAGAUGUCAUACUGCUGGAUUCCCGCUUCAUCUGCAAAUACCCAACAGCGGUCAAACCGGUCGAUGCCGAAAACAAACCAAAACCUGAUGGGAAUGUUGAAGAUGAACUUCCAUACGUGGCCUGGCAUCAGGAUAUGAGGUACUGGGGUAUUGCUGGCGGCCCUGUUCUGUCUGUGUGGCUGGCUUUAGAUGACUCACUAAAAGAAAACGGUGCCCUUCAGGUUAUCCCAGGUAGCCACUGCUCUGGCAUGUUACCCCAUCGCCAAGCCACUCGCCUUGGAAACAUGCUGUCAGUGAACCAGGAGAUCCCAGAGGAGCUGGUGCAGGUGGAGGAAGCCGUGUUAUGCCCCCUAUUAGCUGGACAGAUGUCUAUCCACGAUGGACUCCUUGUGCAUGCAAGUGAUCCCAACACAUCACAGAAGAGGCGCUGUGGGUUUGUGAUCCGUUAUGUUCCCACCUGUGCAUACCCCACAGAGGAUCCUGAUCGUCCAAGGAAGUUUCAUGCAACAAAGCUGGUCUGCGGGAAAGACGCAUUCAAUCAUUUUUCCCACAAAAGCAUUUGAAUGCUUACUGCAGUCUUCCUACUUGCAAGAGCAAGUGUUAUUAUAUAUCAGAGGAAUAUAAUAUAUUGUUAAAGCAAAUGUCUGUUUCAGUUUCAUAAUCAGAUUGGAAAAUACUGUCAUAUAUUUUGUGCUAUGC